AUGGCAGCUACUUUGGGUUUACUAGGUAUAGCGGUUAUUAUACUUGUAUUAACAUGGAUAUAUCAGUCAUAUAAACGACAAAAAGUGUUUGGUAAAAUACCGGGACCUGCGGCAUUACCUAUAUUAGGCAAUGCACACCAACUAGAGACAGAUGGAACAAAAUUUUAUAAACAAUGUUUGAGUUAUUCAGAUGAAUAUGGUCGAGAUAGCAUAUUUGUUAUUUGGCUAGGUCACAAACCAAUGAUUUGUUUAAGUAAUGCGAACUCGGCAGAGAUUUUACUGAAUAGUUCUAAACAUAUGGAAAAAGCUUCAGAAUACAGGUUUUUACAUCCAUGGUUAGGUACAGGCUUACUAACAAGUACUGGUGAUAAAUGGAGAAGUCGAAGAAAGAUGUUGACUCCUACCUUCCAUUUUAAGAUAUUGAAUGAUUUUGUCUCGGUAUUUAAUGAUCAAGCUGAUUUUAUGUUAACUAAGUUAAAGAAGAAGGCAGAUGGCAAAGUGUUUAAUAUAUUCAAUUAUAUAACACUUUGUGCUCUAGAUAUUAUUUGUGAAACAGCCAUGGGAAGAGAUGUUGGUGCGCAAACUAACAGUGAGUCAACCUAUGUAAAAAGCGUCUACAAAAUGAGUGAAUUUGCUCAAAACAGAAUGAAGUUACCAUGGUAUUGGAAUGAUACGUUAUAUAGAAUAAUUGGACCUGGUCGAGAACAUGAUCAAUGUUUGAAAGUCUUGCAUAAUUUUACUGAGAAAGUAAUACGCGAGAAGAGAGAAGAAUUAAACAGACGAGGUCCCAUGCACGACAAAGACUUUCACGACUCGGCUGAAGAGGACAAAUUCGUUGGUGCCAAGAAAAGACGAUUAGCUUUUCUGGAUAUGCUGAUACACAUGUCUGAAAAUGGUGAAAAACUUUCAGAAGAGGAUAUAAGAGAGGAGGUUGAUACCUUUAUGUUUGAGGGUCAUGAUACAACAGCAGCUGGUAUAAAUUGGGCGACGUAUUUAAUUGGUGCUAACUCUGAGGUACAGACUACACUACAGGAUGAACUAGAUGGAAUAUUUGGCAGUAGUGAACGAUACCCAACAAUGGAAGAUUUGAAAGAUAUGAAAUACCUAGAUUGUUGCAUAAAGGAAGCUUUAAGGUUAUACCCUUCAGUUCCAAUAUUCGGAAGAACAUUUUCUGAGGAUGCUGUUAUAGACGGUCACCUGAUACCUAAAGGAACAACGGGAAGCAUAUUUACUGCAGCCAUUCACAAAGAUCCAAAAUAUUUCCCUGAACCCGAUGUAUUUGACCCUGAAAGAUUCUCAGAUGACAAUAAAGUGGGAAGACAUCCAUUCUGCUAUAUCCCAUUCUCUGCUGGUCUAAGAAACUGUAUAGGUCAGAAGUUUGCCAUGUUGGAAGAAAAAGUCUUGUUAUCUACAAUAUUUAGAAAUUUUAAUGUCGAAUCUGUUCAGAAAAGAGAAGAAUUAGAUCCAACUGGUGAAUUAAUUUUGCGUCCAGAAAGUGGAAUCCUAGUCAAAUUAACCCCAAGAAACUGAAGCAUGUAUUUCUAUUUUGUGAAUUUUCCUCAACUUUCGUAUUAUCAAUGAUUUGGACACGAUGUUAUGUCAAAUGAUUUCAGUAUUGUUUUGUAACAAUUAAUUAAGAUUCAGAUAACGCUUUGGAUGGAUUUUGAUAAAUAAUUAGGUAGAAUAAGAUAACAGUAAAGCUGGGUGCAAAUUGAAAUAAUUAUCAUUCAUUAAUCAGAUAGCUCUUUGGAAGGAUUUUGAUAACAAUUUGACUGAUAUUGUAAAGUCCACUAUCAAAAUAGCCUUAAUCUAUAAUACAUUGAAAAAUAUUCUGAUGAAAGCCUGAAUAAAUUUGGAAUACUUGUAGCUUAAAGAUGGGUUUUUCUUAUUUUUUAGAGUCAAAUUAAGCAAAUUAUUUGAUUACUUGGUGUUUUUAUUGAAUUGUCAUUUAUUUUUUAUCAUUUUUAUACGCCCACAUCUCUCUAUGUGGACGUAUUUUGUCGGCACCCCUGUCCGUCCUUUGGUCCUUUGGUCCGUCCGUCGGUCCGUCCGUCAACAUUUGCUUGUAAACGCUCUAAAAACUAGAUUUUUUGAUGGAAUCAACUGAAAUUUAGUAUGUGUAUACAUAUUUAUAAAACGAAGUUCGAAUUUGAGCUAUUUUUGACCGUUAGAAGCAGAGUUAUUGCCCUUGCCCCAAAAUCUUGAAUAUGCUAUUACUCUCUUAGUUUUCAACCGAUUUUGAUGAAACUUAAAAUGGAUGUUUCGUUUUUACCAUCCGCAUGCCGUGGGGGCGUAUAUGGCUGUGGUCCACUAUCUUAUUAUGUUCUUAUUGCAUAUAAUUAAGAGUUUUAACCAAUCAUAGUUGAUAGAGUAGUUGAUAUUUAUAAGACAGUUGACUACAUGUUUGUUAUGCGCCUAACCGACCCUUCUUACCUCAUAUUGUAACAUACAAAUGUCGGCAAUAUAAGAUUCAAAAUUGUCGAUUUAGUCGAUCAAACCUUCAAAUACCUCUAUGGAUUGAGAGACAUAUACAAAUUCGUCCAGAAUAAAUAUGGCUUUAUUGUCAACAUAACUAAGUGAAAUUGACCACAACAGCUAUCAUUGAAUCGAUAAUGUUAUCAAAUUUAGUUUUAAUUAUUUAACUACAGUUUGCAAUUAUUUGUAUCAUUAUUGAUAAAUGCAGUUAGCAAAUG